AGCGAACCCCACAGACCGAAAGCCAAGCGAUCUGCAGGGACCGGAGAAUAGGAUACGGCGAGCACAGAGCAGCUGCUUCCAAAUUCCAAUUCCCAAGCUGCUGCGCUUAGGAGUAGCUCAGGAGCCAUCCGCCGAACUUGCAAGCAUGGAGCUGGUGACGGGGGCGAUGGGGAGCCUGCUUCCCAAACUGGGCGAGCUGCUCAAGGAGGAGUACGGCCUGCAGAAGGGCGUCAGGAAGAAGAUCCAGUCCCUCUCGCGGGAGCUCGAGGCCGUGCACGACGUCCUCCGCAAGAUCGGCGACGUGCCACCGGAGCAGCUCGACGAGCUGGUCAGGCUCUGGGUGCGCGACGUCAGGGAGGCAUCCUACGACAUGGAGGACAUCGUCGACACCUUCCUGGUGCGCGUCGAUGAGCCUGCCGACCCACACAUGCUCAGGCGCCUCCGGAAGAAGGUGAGCGGUCUGUUCAAGAGGAGCAAGGCUCGCCGAAAUAUUUCUUGCCUGAUCCAGGAGAUCUACGAGAAGCUUGACGAGGUGGCAGUGAGGCGUGGAAGGUUCACCGUCGACAGCAUUGUCGCCAAGUCUGCAGCUGCGGCAACCAUCGAUCCUCGCAUCAUGAAUCUAUACAAAAGGGCAACGGAGCUUGUUGGCAUCGAGGGGCCAAGGGAUGAGCUCAUAAGCUUGUUGUCCCUAGAGGAUGAUGUUGAUUUGCGUGAUAAGAAGAUGAAGGUCGUCUCUGUCGUUGGAUUUGGAGGACUAGGAAAGACCACUCUUGCCAAAGCUGUAUAUGACCACAUUAAAUCACCUUUCGAGCGUAGUGCUUUUGUUCCAGUGGGUCGGAACCCUGACGUGAAGAAAGUUCUUAGAGACAUUCUCAUUGAUCUUGACAAGGGAAAGUAUGCCAAUUCAGAUUUUAUGGUGUUGGAUGAAAAGCAGCUCAUGGAUGAACUUAAGGAGUUCGUCAAGGAAAAGAGGUGCUUCAUUGUUAUUGAUGACAUAUGGGACAAGGAAUCAUGGAAUUUAAUCAGAUGUGCUCUUCAAGACAGUAAUUGUGGAAGUAGAGUAGUGGUGACCACUCGUAUUUCUGAAGUGGCUGCACAUGCAGAUGAAGUUUACAAAAUACAACCACUUUCUCGUGAGAACUCUGAAAAAUUAUUGUAUGAAAGAAUAGCUGAUGGUAAAGGGGAGUGUUUUGAUAGUCCAUCCGUUGAGGCAUGUGAAAUUUUUUUGAAGAAAUGUGGUGGUGUGCCAUUAGCAAUCAUUACAAUAGCCAGUUUGUUAGCCAGUAAACCAUGGGAGGACUGGUCUGAGGUCUACAACUCUAUUGGUUUUGGGCAUGGAGACAAUGAUGAGGUAGAAAAUACUAGGAAGAUAUUGUUGUUUAGCUAUUAUGAUCUGCCAUCACAUCUCAAGCCUUGCUUAUUAUACCUAAGCAUAUUUUCAGAAGAUCAAGUGAUAGAGAUAUAUAGUUUGAUAUGGAAGUGGAUAGCUGAAGGUUUCGUCCAUGAGGAACAAGCAGCAGGCAUCGGAUUAUAUGAGCUCGGUGAGAGGUACUUCAAUGAGUUGAUAAACAGAAGCAUGAUCCAACCAGUGGAGAUGUAUGAUAAAGGGUAUGUAGAGGGUUGCCGUCUUCAUGAUAUGGUUUUUGAUUUGGUCCGUUCAUUAUCGAGCCAAGAAAAUUUCGUCACAGUAUUGGACGGUGAUGACAAGCGACUGAAACUUCUGGGAAGCAUUGCUCGCAGGCUAGUCUUGCAGCGUAUCAAAGAGCACAGCGGCGGUCAACUACUAGCUAAUAUCGCUGUGGAUAAAGUCAGAUCUUUUAUUGCCAGUGAGUGCAAUUUUAGCUCGUCAGCAUCAUGCCCACGCACUUCAGUUUUGCGUGUAUUAGAUAUGCAAAAUUGUCAUACUGGAGAAAAGAUACACGAAGGUAUGCUGGAGAGUCUUGGGAGUUUACUUCACCUGAGGUACCUCCGUAUAGAAGAAUCAUCAACUACAGUUAGUAAUAUCGAACUGCCUAGGGAAGUGAGAUAUCUCAAGUUUCUGCAGACACUGGAUUUUUGGAAAUUCGGCAUAAAUGAGCUGCCCGAGGAGGUGGGACUGCUAACACAACUGGUUUGCCUACGUGUGAGGAAUGUGAGUACUCUACCCUGCCUGUGAUGAGUGAAUUGUCAACCGUGCGGUGUGAUCGUGCGCUUGGUCUUUGGAUUGCAGGUACACGGGCGUCGAGUGUCGACGGGGAGCU